UCGCGACGUGGAUAAAAACGCCGGAAUGCACGCAAAUGCAAAUAGAUGGAUAGCGACUGUGUGUCCGAAAUCUUCGUACUUGUCGCGUAACAAAUUUUUGAUCAAAGCAUCAUGCUUUCUAUACGCACCGCCGCGUUCCACGGUUUUAUGAUACAAGCGGCGGUUUUGCUAUUUUGUUGGUCUAUAUUUUCGAUUGAAUUAAGUAAUGCUACAAAUGGCAGUUGCACCUACUAUCACGAACUAACUCCUGGUACUAAGUAUUUCAUUCAGAACCGCGAAUACCCGAAUUUCUAUAGGAGGUCACAAUCAUGUUCAUGGACCAUCGUAAGCGAGUAUAAAGUUGAUUUAACCUGUAGCACGUUUGAAUUACCAUGGAGUUCCAAUUGCUUCCAAGACAAAGUAGCUGUGCAAGUCAAUUCUUCUACUACGCAUCGGUAUUGUGGUAAUGGAAAGUUUAACAUACAAUCAGAAUCAAACACGAUGGUUGUAACGCUGCAAUCACCAGUAUGGUCGAGCGGUGGUCGAUUUGCUUGUGAAGUGAGAUCAGUGAAGCGACCCCAAGAUUCCGAAAAUUGUGAAUGUGGAUGGAAAAACCCUAGUCGCAUCGUCGGUGGAAAUGAUACAGGGGUGAACGAGUUCCCUAUGAUGGUUGGUAUUGUGGACUUCGAAAGACGAGUCGUAUUCUGUGGAGGCACUAUAAUAUCCACAAGAUACGUACUAACAGCGGCACAUUGCGUCAACGGGAAAGAAUACCAGAAAUUGGGUGCCCUGGUUGGCGAUCAUGAUUUGCGAACAGGAUCGGAUACAAACGCCACGGUGUUACAUCGAAUAAUCAAAAUUAUGAUUCAUCCUAAUUACGGUCAAAGAAUUGAUCAAAAUGACGUGGCUAUCGUAAAAACAGAGAAAGACAUGAAGUUCACUAACGAGGUUGGUCCGGCCUGUCUACCUUUUCAACAUUCGUUAGAUACUUUUGGUGGCAAUUAUGUUGAAUUGUUGGGUUGGGGAACAACGGAUUAUGGUGGCCCAACUUCUGAUAUUUUGCAAAAAGUUACCUUAAGCGUGCUUACGUAUCUACAGUGUUCUAAAAAUUACAAGAAUAUAACGUCAGAUCAAAUCUGUACCUAUGCCGAAAACAAGGAUUCGUGUCAAAUGGACAGUGGUGGACCAGUUCUAUGGCAAAAUCCGACGACUAAACGACUUGUCCUGAUAGGAAUCAUUACAAAGGGUAUAGGUUGUGCUGUCGUUGGUGGUGUAAAUACCAGAGUUGGAGCUUACAUCGACUGGAUUAUUUCAGCAACUUCAGACGCUUCGUACUGCAUCAUAGAAUAAGACAAUACAGCUUAUCGUUCGACUCGAUUUGACACAAUCCGGAUAGCAGGCCUAGUCGUUUCAUUAAUAUCGCUGAUAACGCAACUGACAUACUUAUGAGGUAAAUUUCCUCGUUUUACAGGUUUAAAAUGUUCCCAAGAAAACGAUAAGAAUACAAACAUACUAUUCGCACGAACAUUAUAUUAGAUCGGCAAUUACAUAUCAUGCGGGCAUCAAACGAUUAGGAUGUGUCGAUUUAUUGUUUCAAGUCUGGAGACGACGAAAGCUUUGUAAUUUAACAUUCAGAUAUGUUAUUGAAUAUAUAUUGUUAAAUCAU